AUGGGCGUUCCCGAUUCUCUUCCUCCUUCCACAUGGACUGGUGACAUUGUGGAGCAAUUGGUUAUCUGUUAUGGUCUUACUCAUUUUCUUAAACUUCUUUAUACUCACUUCACUUUUGCCACCUGGACCGACGACGGUGUGAUCCAAAUAGCUGAUUUUGGCGUGGCAGGUUUUCUGGCCAGCCAACCGUUGGCUGCUACUGGUGGCAGCAUCGACUUGCGCCGGUACACCUUUGUCGGAACGCCUUGUUGGAUGGCACCGGAGGUGAUGCAGCAGGUUUGUUGUCAUUUUUUGUUGACCACACCCUUCCGGCUUCGAAUAGCUCUAAAUAGUCGCCCCUUUAUUCUUUAG